AUGUGGUUCAUAUACGUGUGUGAAGAGGAAGAGAAGGAACUUGGAAGGCAACAAGCCCCUGGUUCAUGCCCUUAUUGUCGAGCCAAAGUUGAAGCCAUGGACGUUGAGAUCCAGUCCAAGCUCUGCUUCUUACCCCUUUGCUUCAAGAUCAAGAGGAAGUACUUCUGUACUCACUGUGCUCGCCGUUUAGAACUGUAUUACUAA